AUCAUCAGGUACAUAAAUCUGUUUUCCAAUGGAAGAGGAAAGUUUGUUUAUUUUUUUUAACAACAUUUUCUUACACACCAGUUUCUGUAGCUUCACUAGUAUCUGCUAGGCGAGGUAUGGCUGAUUACUGCAAAUCUCUCCCAUUUUCUUACUCUUCUUAUCAGAACACGGUUGGGCCUCUGCUUGAUUAUAGUUUUUUGGAUUACUACAGGAAUGGUAUGGAAAAUAACAGGUACUUGUGGAACUCUACCAUAAAUCAGGAUUCGAGAGAGUAUGAUGAUCUACAGACCAAAGGAGACAACAUGCUCCACUUGGAUUUUAGCCAUGCUGGUGACAAUGAAAGUGCCGUGGCUAUGACAUGUGAAAGUCAGCCCCAUUGUACCCACGUAUAUGAGAAAUACAAAGAAACAAUCAAACCUCGAAAGACCAGAAUCAGAACAUUUUUUACAGUAGAACAGCGUCAAGCUUUAGAAAAACAUUUCCAAGAUCGUCAAUAUCUGAACUCUUGCCAAAUACAGAAAAUUGCCAAGAUGCAGAAUCUGGAUUACAAAACGGUAAAAACCUGGUUUCAGAAUCGGAGAACAAAAUUGAAGAAGGAACAGCAGGCCCGUAAAUGGUCUCUGGAAAAAGAGAGCGACUCCCUUCAGAUUUUCCAAACGGUCCCCAUCUGUGGUAACAAUAAUGCCUGGAGAAGACAGAUACCAGAGGAGUACUCCAAUUACAGUUACAAUGGAGAUUACCUGAUGGCCCCUUUUCAGUGGUUCCAAGGUACAACAGGGAACCCAGAAGUCCACCCCUUGCUGCAAAAUGAAAACUGCACUGAAGAGUCCAUGGUCUACAUGCCCCAAAUCACAGCACCGACACUUACUGUAGACCAGGAUCAAGCUUUAGAGAGAUGCUUCCACAGUCAAGGACCUGUUACGCCCUUCCAAAUGAACACCUUUGCAAACAGGCUUGGUCUGGAUUUUGAAACGGUGAGGCUCUGGUUUCAAAAUCGCCAGCAAAAUCUGGAGGCAGAGCAUAUGUGCCAACCUAUGGAAAUGGUGAAUACAUCGAAUCAGGCUUUCCAGACUUUGCCUAUCUUCUUUGAAAAUAUGACUCUGUCUGAUGGAACAAGUCAGCCGGCUUAUACUCCCAGAACACAAGUGCUAAGGGACAAUGAGCCCACACCCCAAGACAUUCCGGGUCACUGCAUGGCAGAACUGGACUGCAAAGUAUACCAAGCAGAGGUGAACACCGCCUGCAAAACCCAGCUCCUUGGAGAAAAUGAUGACUUUGCUCUUUACCAUUUCAGCAUUUAUCAUGAGCAGAAGUCUGUGGCCUACCUCCAGCCUUCAUCAGUUCAUCCCUACAAUGAUGGAGGGCAUUUGAUGGACCAUUUUUCAUUUUAGGGGAUGAUUCUUUUCUUUAAUUACUGCAUGCUUUACUUGUCGAUUUGUUAGUUUUGUUAUAUUUACAGCUUUGAAUGCACAUACAAUGUUAGUAUUACAUUUGACAAGAUUAUCCCCUUGGUUUUACUUCAGGAUCCAUCAUCCCUCACCAGGGCUCACUACAUGUUUCAUGUCUUUUUAGUAUGUAUAUAUUUGUGGACUGGGCUGCUGGCAUGUAAGAUGCUGGUUCAUAGAUGGGGGGGGGGGAUGUCAAGUGCCUCACAAUAGGAUUAAUUAACUCCAGUUUGGAAUAUACAGUCUGACUGAUAAAAUAUCAUAAUGAAGAUUUUCUAUGUUACAAGGAGAACAGACAACCCAGAUGAAUCUUUGAUUCUAUAAAAUUGUUAAAUAAUUAUUCAGUCAAACAUUUAAAAAUAAAAACAUUUAUAUUGAUAUAUACUUGUAUAAGAAUGCCAGCGAUAAUGACAAUGAUUCCUGGGUCCGAUGAGGUAUAUGUGUUCUUAGUUUAUAUCAUGAUUAUUCCAUAAUCGCUGAUCUGUACUUUGAUUUUUAUACCAGAUAAAUCAUUACUACUUUGUGACAUUUCUAACCAAAAUUACAGAAGCUCAUCUAAGUACCACUGACCAUAGGACUAUGCAUAACAUUACUUCAAAGAAGUGCACCAUCAUAUUUGGUUUUACAAUGCUGGUAAUGAUCGCUUCUUAUUUAUUGCUAUCAUUAUUUCAUUUUAAUGCCUAGAAGUAGCCCCAUUUAAGACCAACCUAACUUUAAAAAUAGAAACAAUGAACUUUAUUUUAGCCAGUCAGCUUCCUAAAGAACUUUUUUGGUAAGCUGGCAAAAAUGCAUUCUGGUAAGCUGGGGAAAACAGUGCCUAGGGAAGACCUUGAUGGAUAUGAGCUUAACUUGCAGAGUAAGUUUGGACAGCAUCCUGAACCUUUAACUAAGAGACAGUGGCAGCACAAAACACAGAGCUAUCUUAGCGUCUCCUAACACAUAGACAUAUAAGGGUUUCGUAUGAUAUUUGGUUAAUCAGUUUGUACUGUACUACAAUGGCACAGUAUAGACAGAAGGCCUUCAUUUUUAUUCUGUGAUUGUAGUGGGUAUUCUAGAUGGCCAUGGUAAUGCCCUUGGUAACCAAAGUACUGGCAACACCGUGCUUUUGUUAAAAACUGUAAUAGCUAGACCCAUCUGGUAUACAUUUGAAAAUCUCGCCAGUGGCAUCUUCGUAGUACUUGAGAGUGCAAUACAUUUGUUUAGCAACAUGACUUCCAUACAUUGUGAAACUAAGUCUCAAGCUUGCUAGGCUUUUUGAAAACAAAAUGGUGGCCUUUUCCAGGAGAUAUGGAAAAUGAUGUAUGAUAUUGUAACUAUUUGUGAAUGUUGGUGGUUAUUGUAGGAUUGUAAAGUUUUAUGCUGACAAAAGAAAGCAGAUGAAAACAGGAGCUUGACUGCCCUACUUUGUAUGUUGUUUUAGAUGAUUAUGUAUUUUGAUCUGCAUUAAUAAUUUUGAUAUUCCAUGAAUAAAUGUUCCCACAAAGAUGA